GCGCUAGAUUAAAGCUUGAAGUAUUACUGACAAAUAACAUACAUAACUCAUUCAUUCGUAGUACAUUUACAUCACAUAUGCAUGUAGCUUUUAAUACAAGUACUUCAUGUUGUUAAGAAAGUGACAUUAUUUAAUAAAUGCUAUUCUGCCACGAAAGUUAUAUACAAUUAUAGUUGCAGUUGUAGCAGGUCGUUCACAAAGUUAGGCAUUCGGCAUUAAACUUGGUCUCGGUUUCAAGACCUUCAUAUGGAUUUUUCCCCAGCCUCGCUACCAUGGACAGCGCGCGGUAUCGUUUGAUAGCUGUGCGUAAGUCUAGUCUAGCUACCAUCGGCAGCGCGCCAUAUCGCUCUAUAGCUGUGCGUAAGUCUAGUCUAGCUACCAUCGACAGCGCGCCGUAUCGCUCGAUAGCUGUGCGUAAGUCUAUUCCAGCUACCAUCGGCAGCGCGCCAUAUCGCUCUAUAGCUGUGCGUAAGUCUAUUCUAGCUACCAUCGACAGCGCGCCGUAUCGCUCGAUAGCUGGUAAGUCUAGUCUAGCUACCAUCGGCAGCGCGCCGUAUCACUCUAUAGCUGUGCAUAAGUCUAUUCCAGCUACCAUCGACAGCGCGCCGUAUCGCUCGAUAGCUGUGCGUAAGUCUAUUCCAGCUACCAUCGGCAGCGCGCCAUAUCGCUCUAUAGCUGUGCGUAAGUCUAUUCUAGCUACCAUCGACAGCGCGCCGUAUCCCUCUAUAGCUGUGCGUAAGUCUAUUCCAGCUACCAUCGGCAGCACGCCGUAUCGCUCGAUAGCUGUGCGUAAGUCUAUUCCAGCUACCAUCGGCAGCGCGCCGUAUCCCUCUAUAGCUGUGCGUAAGUCUAUUCCAGCUACCAUCGGCAGCACGCCGUAUCGCUCGAUAGCUGUGCGUAAGUCUAUUCCAGCUACCAUCGACAGCGCGCCGUAUCCCUCUAUAGCUGUGCGUAAGUCUAUUCCAGCUACCAUCGGCAGCACGCCGUAUCGCUCGAUAGCUGUGCGUAAGUCUAUUCCAGCUACCAUCGGCAGCGCGCCAUAUCGCUCUAUAGCUGUGCGUAAGUCUAUUCCAGCUACCAUCGGCAGCACGCCGUAUCGCUCGAUAGCUGUGCGUAAGUCUAUUCCAGCUACCAUCGGCAGCGCGCCAUAUCGCUCUAUAGCUGUGCGUAAGUCUAGUCUAGCUACCAUCGGCAGCGCGCCGUAUCGCUCGAUAGCUGUGCAUAAGUCUAGUCCAGCUACCAUCGGCAGCGCGUCGUAUCACUCUAUAGCUGUGCAUAAGUCUAUUCCAGCUACCAUCAACAGCGCGCCGUAUCCCUCUAUAGCUGUGCGUAAGUCUAUUCUAGCUACCAUCGGCAGCACGCCGUAUCGCUCCAUAGUUGUGCGUAAGCCUAGUCUAGCUACCAUGGGCAGGGCGCCGAAUCGCCCGCUAGCUUUGCGCAAGUCCUUCCCACACAGAUCCUUGCCAUCUCCUUGGUCACUUGGCCAUGGUACUUAACCAAGACACUUUACCAUUGCUUCAUCCUCAGGAUGGGACGUAAAGCUGUUGGUCCCAUGUCUUGUGUAACGCAUG